AUGUCUAAUUUUACAACAGAUGGUAAAAUCUGCAUAGAAAGGGAGUUGGAGGUGUCUAAAUCCGAAAUAGAAUUUGAUAACUUAAUACAGCGCUAUAAUAUUACAGAAAUUUGUAAUUGGAUUAAGGAACACAACUUUUCUAAAGUGUGCUUACAAUUUCCUGAUGAACUUAUUGGGGUUAGUGCUGCUAUUUAUCAAGAAAUUAAAAAAAAUAUCAAUGUAGAUUUAUACAUUCUUGGUGACACGUCUUAUGCUAGUUGUUGCGUUGACUCGGUGGCCGCUAUGCAUGUUCAGAGUGAUGCAGUGAUUCAUUUCGGCCACUCGUGCUUCACAAAGACAAACAUCCCCGUGUACACAGUUUUGCCAAAGAAGGACUUAAGCAUUGAUGCCAUAGAAUUGUUUUUACAAGGUCAUUUCAAACCGGAUGAUACCAAACUCUGUUUAUUUUACGAUGCAGAAUAUGAACACUGUAAAGAUAACAUCAUGGCAAUGUGGUUCCGACAUUAUCCACAAGCUUUGAUGGGUCACUUAGAAAUGAAUGAAUGCCUGAAUAGAUUUUUGGGAAGAACUGUUAAAAAUGAGGCUGGAGAUGAAUUCACUAUGGAAAGUUUAAGAGAUUGUAUAUGUAUAUAUAUUGGAUCAAAGGGACAGACAGUGUUUAAUUUUAGUAUUUCAGUUCCAGCAUUGAAAUGGUUCUUACUGGACCCAGAUGAAAAAAAACUUGAACAUCUAGAAGAAACAAUUUGGUUUAGAAGAAGAAGAUUUUUGAUAGAGAAAUGCAAAGAUGCAAAUGUGAUUGGCAUACUAGUGUGUAAACUGGCCGGUGAACAGACGAAGCAAAUAAUAAAAAGAAUGAAGCAAAUAUGUAAAAUUAAUGGAAAGAAAAGUUACAUAGUAUCAGUGGGGAAGCCGAAUGUAGCUAAAUUGGCGAAUUUUCCAGAGAUCGAUAUAUAUGUUAUGAUAGCAUGCCCGGAGAAUGACUUGUACAACAAUCGAGACUUCUAUAGACCUAUAAUAUAUCCAUUUGAAUUAGAAGUCGCACUGAAUUCUAAUAGGGAACAAUACUACAACUAUCACGUCACAGAUUAUGAUGAUCUCUUGCCGGGGAAACGCCAUCACUUAGAAAUAGAUCACAUUAAACAAGAAACUGAUAUCAGCCUUAUAACAGGCAAAAUAAGGGAAACUAAAAUACAAAGCAACGAAGAGGGCGGCAUGGAAGUGGCUGAGAAACAAAACUGGGCUUUAGAGAGCAUCGGUCAGAACCUGCAAGACAGAUCGUGGAAGGGAUUGGAACAGAAAUUAGGAGAGACCGAUGUGAAAAACGUUGAAGAAGGUCGGAAAGGAAUCCCCUUACAGUACAGCAAUGAACCAGAAUAG